AUGAGGCGCUGGCGCUUCACUCUCGUGCUUCUAGGGACACCAAAGCGUUGGUUGCCCUGCACCGCGGCGGAGCGGGUGGAGGCACUCCGGACUCCUGGUUACGAAGCUCCGCGCCUUUGUUUUAUUCCUACCCCUAAGAUCCAGACAUUUAAUGUAGAUGCGCCAUGCCAGACCGUGGAAGAUUUAACGAGUGGGGUUGUGAUGGCCCAGGUUCUUCAAAAGAUAGAUCCUGUAUAUUUUGAUGAAAAUUGGCUAAACAGAAUCAAAACUGAAGUAGGAGAUAAUUGGAGACUAAAGAUAAGCAACUUAAAGAAAAUUUUAAAAGGGAUCCUGGAUUACAAUCAUGAGAUUUUAGGUCAGCAAAUUAAUGACUUUACCCUUCCUGACGUGAACCUUAUUGGAGAGCAUUCUGAUGCUGCAGAACUUGGAAGGAUGCUUCAACUCAUUUUAGGCUGUGCUGUGAACUGUGAGCAGAAGCAAGAGUAUAUCCAAGCCAUUAUGAUGAUGGAAGAAUCAGUUCAACAUGUUGUCAUGACAGCCAUUCAAGAGUUGAUGAGUAAAGAAUCCCCUGUCUCUGUUGGAAAUGAUGCCUAUGUUGACCUUGAUCGUCAGUUGAAGAAAACAACAGAGGAAUUAAAUGAAGCUUUGUCAGCAAAAGAAGAAAUUGCUCAAAGAUGCCAUGAAUUGGAUAUGCAGGUGGCAGCAUUGCAAGAGGAGAAAAGUAGUUUGCUGGCAGAGAAUCAGGUGUUAAUGGAAAGACUCAACCAGUCUGAUUCUAUAGAAGAUCCUAACAGCCCAGCAGGAAGAAGGCACCUGCAGCUCCAAACUCAGUUAGAACAGCUUCAAGAAGAAACAUUCAGAUUAGAAGCAGCCAAAGAUGAUUAUCGAAUACGCUGUGAAGAAUUAGAAAAGGAAAUCUCUGAACUUCGGCAACAGAAUGAUGAACUAACCGCUUUGGCAGAUGAAGCUCAGUCUCUAAAAGAUGAAAUAGAUGUUCUUAGACAUUCUUCUGAUAAAGUUGCUAAACUGGAAGGCCAAGUGGAUUCAUACAAAAAGAAGCUAGAAGAUCUUGGUGAUUUGAGGCGGCAGGUUAAACUAUUAGAAGAGAAGAAUACUAUGUAUAUGCAGAACACUGUCAGUUUAGAGGAAGAGUUAAGAAAAGCCAACGCAGCUCGCAGUCAACUUGAGACAUAUAAAAGACAGGUAGUAGAACUGCAAAAUAGAUUAUCUGAAGAGUCAAAGAAAGCAGAUAAAUUGGAUUUUGAAUAUAAGCGACUGAAAGAAAAAGUAGACGGUCUUCAAAAAGAAAAGGAUAGGUUAAGAACAGAAAGGGAUUCUCUGAAGGAAACCAUUGAAGAGCUUCGUUGUGUACAGGCUCAGGAAGGGCAGCUCACAACUCAAGGAUAUUUGGAGAUUCUAUUAUCUUCAGAUUAUCUGUCCUUAAAAAAAAAGGAGAAACUUAUUCGUCUUCAGCAUGAGAAUAAGAUGUUAAAAAUUAACCAAGAGGGUUCAGACAAUGAAAAAAUUGCCUUGUUACAGAGUCUUCUAGAUGAUGCAAAUUUACGCAAGAAUGAACUGGAGACAGAGAAUAGGCUGGUGAAUCAAAGACUUCUGGAAGUCCAGUCACAAGUUGAAGAAUUACAAAAAUCUUUACAGGAUCAAGGCUCAAAAGCUGAAGAUUCAGUUCUUCUAAAAAAGAAGCUUGAAGAACAUCUAGAGAAGCUGCAUGAAGCCAAUAAUGAGUUGCAGAAGAAGAGAGCCAUUAUUGAAGAUCUGGAACCAAGAUUUAACAAUAGCUCAUUAAAAAUUGAAGAAUUACAAGAAGCUUUACGGAAGAAAGAAGAGGAAAUGAAGCAAAUGGAAGAACGAUAUAAAAAAUACUUAGAGAAAGCCAAAAGUGUUAUCCGUACUUUAGAUCCUAAACAGAAUCAAGGAGCAGCACCAGAAAUCCAAGCUCUUAAAAAUCAACUCCAGGAACGAGACCGACUGUUUCACUCAUUAGAGAAAGAAUAUGAGAAAACAAAGAGUCAAAGAGAAAUGGAGGAGAAAUAUAUUGUUAGUGCCUGGUAUAAUAUGGGAAUGACUCUGCAUAAAAAGGCUGCUGAAGAUAGACUUGCUAGUACAGGUUCAGGGCAGUCAUUUCUGGCUAGGCAAAGACAAGCAACCAGCACAAGAAGAUCUUACCCUGGCCAUGUUCAGCCAGCCACAGCAAGGUAG